AUGGUCGGAGGUGUUAAUCCGCAUAGGCUUCGAGCCAGACUCGUCCUGAUCAUCAUCACACCGGAUCCACUCGUCGGUCCAAGCAGUACUUCGGCUGGCUCUCAUCGUAGUGCGAUAUACGGGACCAUAACGAAGGACCUCCUCCUGUUGACUCUGGAAGGAAUCGUCCAGUCCUCCGACGCCUUCCCGCCGCUCAAGAGCGCAGCGAGCGGAUUGCUCUUCUUCGCUACAUGUGCAGACGUGGCUUCGAGCAACAAGAAGCAGAUCCGCGACAUCUACAGGCGCGUCGACGCUCUGGCCGCGUCGCUCAAACGCGGAGUCCGCGACGGCGAUCCGCUCUCCCCAGCGCAUCAAGACAUCAUCGCCGCUCUCGCGCAGGACAUCGCCAUCCUGAACGAAGAUCUCCAAGACAUCAUCGCCGAGCGCAAGAGCCGCUUCAAGCGGUUCUUCAGUGCCAAAAGACACCGCGAAGAGCUGCGGGACGUGCUUUCGCAGCUCGAAGCGGCAAGGAUGAGCUACACAACUGCAAUCGCGACGCUGAACGCGACGACGAACACACGGGUGCUUGCGCACGUCCAAGCUUUGACGUUGACCAUGGGCGUCCGGCCGGUGUACAUGCCUGGAACGGGCUGGGCUGGUGACAACGUAUUGCCGUUUAUGCAGGCUCGGAUUGAGGAGGUCUGA